AUGGUAUCCAUGAGGAUUUUUCCUCCUCCAAUUAAUAAAAAAAGAUCUUAUUCGAGUUCAUUUGAAUUACAGAUCACUGCAGACAACGCCGCCGUGCAAUGGGGGUGGCAGAUGAGCCAGGCGGGGCCAGGGACCGUCGGACAUUACUUUGUUAAAUUGCCAGAGGCAGAGCAGCGCGUCCGCUACGUGGCGGACGGCAGCGGCUACCACGGCGCCGUAGCGGUCACCACCAGCGACCACGACCACCUCCACACCACCAACUUCGCGCUAGGCGAGCGAGCUCUUCAGUUAACUUCGCAGAUACCACCACAAUUAUUCAACCAACAAAUCACGAACAACGGAACCCAAGAAUCGCAUGAAACCGAUUUACAAGAUGGUACCCCUGUACAGUUACUCCUUCUUCGAGGACAGUAUCCUGUACAAAACCAUUUCUUCCAAGUCAUUCCUAACAACCCUGUACAUAACUUUUAUUACGCUGAGAACCCUGAUCCAACGCCCUCGUUUUAUAAACUAAACGUAGAACACACAAGAGAGGAUAGACAGAAUACAGAGACUAAACAAGAAAACCCAUCAAAUAAUAGGGAAACUUCUGGAAAUAAUGAAGAAAUAAUCGAAACCAAGGAGAAUGGACCAGUAGUGCGCGUAUUUAAAGAUCAUAACUGCCCGAACGAUGAUCUAAAUGAUAAUAAUGAUUUGCGAGAUAGACAUGUACAUAAUCUACAAAAAGAUAUCAAUUUUAGCACUAGUAAGCCUUCAUAUAAAGAAUUUAGUGUUCACGGCAAUUUUGGUGAUCGAGAGUUUAAUAAGCAAACAAGCCAAGGGUCUAAUAAUUUUAAAAUUGAUCGGCCAGAUGAUCGGAGUGAAAGAUAUUAUUAUACUACCGAAAUUAAUCACAGUACAACGCCUAAACCUGUAAGUUUUACUGAAGACGAAGGUAUAUCAAGACUGGUAGCUUCAACUCAGGAUCUUAUAUCGAAUGAGGAUCUACUAAGAAUUAAUCACGCAGCAGAAAGAGGUUUCACAGGUUAUAGUGAUGAUUAUAUCAAACCUAAACGCCGGUUAAGUUCCAAAAACAUUGUUUAUAAUGGACAGAAACAAGCUAAGCCCAGAAGCAGAAUUACUGUCUCAGCAAAGUUUGGAAAUAUAGUCGAUAGUAGAGUAGAACACCCCAAACAUAAUUUUGGAGAACAAUCUUAUCAAACUACUAAUAAUGAUUAUAGAUUUACUUCCCCGAUAAUUGUCGCUGAUUCCAAAUAUGGUAAUUAUAAACAACAGAUCGUUAAUAACCUAGUAUCAACUAUGGUUCCAUAUAUACAAGAUGGGUAUGAAGUAGUUGGCGUAACAAACAGUUUAGAUGAAAAUAAUAGGGAUAAAAAUGAAGAAAAUAAAUCAGGUGAAGAUUUAGUAAAUAUAACUCCAAGGCCUAUUAGUCAAAACUACUUAACACCUAUAACAGUAGCUUUAAGAUUAUUAAACUCAAACAGUUCGGAGAUUUUUAAUACAGUUGAUGACCAUGAAGUUUCUGAUACUGAACUUAUAGAAAAAAGUGUGGAAAAUCCAGAAAAUGAAAAAACGAUAGUAGAAAUUCAGGAAUCUAUACCUGUAGAGAUAACUCACAUAAAUGACGUGGAAUACCAUGAGUAUUUAGAUGAAGGGAGAAGUAAUAAAGAAAAUCCAUUUGGAGUAGUUAAAUCUAUAUAUCAGAAGUACUUGCAGAAUUUUGAUUCAAAUAAUAAUGCGCAGCACAAUCGUAAUCAAGAAAACCAAAACUCUGAUUAUUAUGAAAAUAAUAACGGCGAUGAUUCAAAAGAAACAUUGGAGCCUAGCGAAAAUAUUCGAUCAGAGGUACAGGUACAAGCAAAUAGCAAUAGUAAUGCACACUACUAUAAUUCAGAAAAUAAUAGGAAUAUAAUUCAGCCUAUAAUAAUUGAAAAACAAGUACCAGUAACUACGUAUGUAGACCGCUUUAUUGAGAAGAAAGUUCCUUAUCCGGAACCAGUGGAGGUAGUCAAACAUGUGCCAGUAGACAGGCCAGUUCCUGUCCCAGUGCAUUAUGAAAGGAUAGUCGAAAAACCUGUGGAAGUUACCAAGUAUGUGGAUAAACCAUAUCCCGUUGAAGUACUUCAGCCUUAUCCCGUAGAAGUAAGAGUGCCAUAUCCUGUAGAACAUAAGGUGUAUGUCGAUCGUCCUGUACACGUACCCUACCCGAUAGAAAAGGUUGUUGAAAAAGAGUACGUCCGUCCCGUACCCAUUCCAACUCCUGUGGGAAUACCUAUAGGUAUCCAAGUUCCUGUAGAAAAGAAAGUUCUUUACCCAGUUCAUAUUGAAACUCCUGUACCAGUUGCAGUACCAGUGGAAAAACCUGUCCCUGUAGAGAAAAUUGUCGAGAAAGAAGUUCCGGUGCCUUAUCCAGUUGAGAAACAAGUUCCUUAUCCAGUUCGACACGAAGUCAAAGUUCCCGUUCCUUAUCCCGUUGAAAAAAGAAUACCGGUACCGAUCCAUGUACACGUUCCGAAACCUUAUCCAGUAGAUCGCAUCGUCGAGAAGAAAGUUCCAUACCCUGUUACAGUGCAACGUGUAGUCGAGAGAAAAGUUCCUGUAAAAGUCCCUUAUCCAGUGAAAACUGUCGUUGAAAAAAUUAUCGAAAAGCCAGUAGUUAUUACGAAAUAUGUGGACAAGCCUUAUCCGGUAGAGAAAAGAGUUCCGUAUCCCGUUGACCGAAUCGUAGAGAGAAAAGUUCCGUACCCUGUUCAUAUUCCGAUUGAGGUCAAAGUUCCUUAUCCAGUCGAGAGUAACGCACAAAAGCCAGACAUUCCCUAUCCGUUUGAAAAAGUGGAGAAACAGACGAUUUACACUUACGGAAUCAAUCAAGAUAUUCUAGCAAAUGUAGCGAAUUACAUAAGAUACAAUCAAGAACAAUACAAGCAACCGCUGCCAAGUUACAUACAAAAUAACGAUUUAAGCACCCAACAGCACGCUGAAUCGCAAAGGAAUUAUCAAAUACAGCUCGCAAACGCUCAGAUUUUGAGGAAUUUACAAAAUGCUACGCCCGUUUACUCAGAUAAAUGGGGGAACCAGUACGCCUCAUCUUAUCAAUACUCAAAUGCAACUUUACACAAUAAAAAUCAACAAGUAACCGCAAAUUCACUUAAUCAAGGAAACUCUAAUUACUACGGGCCUGUGCCUGUAAGAAAUUACAACGAUCAGUGGGAAAAGAACAGAGAUUACACUGAAAGACUCAGAAGAACUGAUAGAACGCCUAAAGUUGCCAAUUUAAGGAUAGAAUACGGUUUCAAACCCCCUCUCAUACCUAGUCCAGAGAUUGGUUUGGAUGGGUUGCCUAUAAAUAAAAAUAAGGAACAGUUGUAAGAUAAUUAUAAUCUGUUGCUUACCAUGAUAAAAAAUAAUCUCGUGUAAGAUUCAUAUGUAAGACUACCUAGGAGUACAAUAUAUUUAUUAGGGGACGCGCGAAAGUAUUGAAUUUAGACCAAUGUCUUCUUUUCAUUAAGUGCCCAUACAGACAACCAUAUUAUCCACGAUUUGUAAUAAAUCAAAGCCUGUUUAUUAUACUAAACUAUUAAUAAGACUGAAAGCAAACCUCGUAAAAUAGUUUCAAAUAAAAAUCAGACUUAAAAAUCGAGAACUAUGUCGAAGUAGAUACACAA